AUGUCAGGGGACCUGGCAGCUGAGAGAAGUGGCCACACAGAGAUCAGAGUCAAGAAAUUCUCCUACAGAUGGACCAUCAGCAACUUCUCUUUUUGCUUGGAGGGAAACUUUGGGAAAUAUAUUAAAAGUCCCACUUUCUCACCAGGAGCCAAUGACAAACAGAAAUGGUAUAUGAAUGUAUACCAAAAUGGGUUUGAUGAGGAAAGCAGAGGAUACCUGUCAGUUUUCCUAGGGUUGCUCAGCUCUCCAAAGAGCCCCGUGUGGGCAAAGUUCAAGCUUUGGAUCAUAACUGCCAAAGGAGAAAAAUCCCAAAUCAUGAACAUUGGAAGAGUCAUCAGGUUUGACCUAAGCCGAGACUGGGGCUUCAAAAAGUUUAUCCCUCGAGAAGUCUUUUUCUCCACUCCAUGUUUGCUUCUUCCAGAUGACAAACUCACACUCUGCUGUGACAAACUCACACUCUGCUGUGAGGUGAGCGUGGUUCAGGACUACAUCAGCAUCUCUGAACAGAACACAGAGCCAGGGAUUGACAUUCCAGGGUGCAGGCUGGUCGAUGAGCUAGGAGAGCUGUGGGAGAAUUCCCGCUUCACAGACUGCUGCCUGGUGGUGGCUGGCCAGGAAUUCCGGGCUCACAAGGCCAUCUUAGUUGCUCGCUCUCCAGUUUUCAGAGCCAUGUUUGAACAUGACAUGGAGGAGAGAAGAACCAACUGUGUUGAGAUUCGUGACCUGGAACCUGAAGUCUUCAAGGCAAUGAUGGACUUCAUUUACACUGGGAAGAACAGCAUGGCAGAUGCGGUGCUGGCAGCUGCUGACAAGUAUGCCCUGGAGCGUUUGAAGGUCAUGUGUGAGAGGGCCCUCUGCAGAGACCUCUCUGUGGAGAAUGCUGCCCACACUCUCUUCCUGGCUGACCUCCACAGCGCAGUGCAGUUGAAAACUCGGGCAAUGGAUUUCAUUACAGCUCAUGCUUCUGAGGUUUUUCAGACCUCGAGCUGGAAGACAGUGGUCGACUCCUAUCCCCACUUGGUGGCUGAAGUAUGUGUCUGCCUGGGUUCUGCACAUUGUCUUUUCCUGGAGCCCCCCCUCAAACGCCUGAAGAUGUCUUAG